AUGCUCAUUGGCCUCCUGGCCUUUUGUUUGGCUUCAGCCUCCGCGAGGGCGCCAAUCGUGAAGCACCCAGUGUUCAGAGAUCUUGCCACCGACAAAUCUGUUUUUGCAGCCCUGACUAGACCUGUCUUGGCUGAGGCGUCAGGCGUUUGCCCCAAAGGCUACUUCAGGAACGCGACGGUUCUAUUUCCCUGUGACCAACAUUCAGGAGUGGCCUUUGCACCUGUGAGCAAGACAGAAGAUGUGACUAUACGCGUGCCAACUGGAGUGCAGGACCUGAAGCUCCUGGUCCGUGCGCAAUUCGCCAUGAUGAUAGCCUUCCGAGACCCUCUGGACAACAAGCAGAUACCUUUUGUGAAAGAUGGAGAGAAAACACAAGCAUGGCGGGACCUGUCCUUGCAGCUGGAUGCAGGCUUCAGUUAUACUGCAUAUCAUGGUUGCACCAAGCCAUCCGUCCCUAAGGGGUGUGCAGACUUUGCUCGGUUUGCCAGCCGUCAGCUUGUGUUCAAUUGGAGCUCAUGGGUGCAAGAGAAGUUUCCGACUGCUGAUGCUCAGGGCAGGGGGCCAAGUUGGUCUCCAAGCUUCAGAACAGUUCCUGAGACUAAGGUCCCCUACUAUAUGUUCGGCGAGGUUUGGGGAAAGUGGCCUUUGGCAAACUUGGUGCAUCCAGGUUGGCGAGAAGCAUUCAGAUUCUUUGACACACUAGGAGGAACGCCGCCUGACGGGUACGUCGAGCCUCUUGAGUUCCGAACUGGCUACGGCCUUGCGAGCACAUACUUGUCAAUGUUUGGAUGGUGUGAGAUCUUGCGAAAGCAAUACCUCACAUGGGAAGAAGCCUGGAAAGCGUUGAGCGGUGCUGAAUUUGGCUUUGAGAGCCCCGUGAACUUCGAGAAGUGGAAAACAUCCUUCUGGGAUACCUACAAGCCAGAAGAAGGAAUGAGCAAAGCUACUGCAGAUGAGUCUUUUGUUUAUGCCGACGCUGAUGGUAACGAAGAGGUGUCGCAAAAGGAGUUUGCAAGCAUUUACUUCAGCUGCGCCCCAGAGAACCAGGGUAAACCACCAGGAGGUCAAGCUGCACAGGCUGAAAAAGAGGAGGAAACAGCUGCCGAAGCAGCCACGAAGGAGAAGCUGCCAGAGACUGACGAUGCUGUAUCCCGGUGCUUGUAUGAAAACAUCGAAUAUUCUGGAAGCGAAGCUGGGGCCAUCCUCCACACACCGAACCUCACUGAAUGUCAGGUCAAUUGCCGAAACACUGCCGGCUGUGGCCACUUCACAUUUCGCUAUGAAGAUGGUAGCUGCAAAAUCUUUGGCCUUGAUGCAAUUUGGCUACCAGAGACGGGGGCUGUUUCUGGCCCGGCUAGAUGUGUGGCACAGGUGAGGCUGACGCUUCAAGACCUUGGAGAUUUGGCCAAGCUUGAGAAGGAAAAGGACAUUUUGCAAGUCGAGAUUGCCACAGAAUUGGCAAAAUCUGCCAAGAUACCAGUGCACGACAUUCGUGACAUGGCCGGCCAGGUUGGCAAGGUCACGUUGUCAGCAGAUGCUUCUGCUUCUGGGAAGCUCUUCAUGGAUUCCUUUGUAGAUAUGCCUGCUGGAAGCAAACUUCAGGACAUGCAGAAGGUAGCAGCUCAGAGCGAAGCAAAUCGGAAGUUGCGCGAGGCAUUGCAAGCUGACACUGCUUCUUCAGAUGCACAGAUGGAGGUGCUGGUGGAGGCAAUACCUUUCGCACAGUGCUUUGUGAUGGGGACGAAGUUUGAACCAAAUAUGGCGGAUUUGGCAACAGCACUUACUGCAAGGGCAUGCCAAAACAUGUGCCAAAGGACGGCAGGCUGUGCCUUCUUCUCGUACCUGCAAGACUCUCAGCAAUGCGGUCUACAUGUGGCCUCGGCAAAGCCUAUCUUCUUUGAAUCUGCAAUGGCAGGACCUCAGGAAUGCCAAGGUCUCCCAUCUGUUUACGAACCUUCAGCAGACGAGAUGGAGGUAGCAGGAGCAGGAGGCCAGACGAAACAAGGUUGCACCGAUUCCGAUUCUCGCUGGAUCUAA